AGACUUCAGCAACAUCUAAGCUUUGGAAAGUGGCUGAAGUCUGUUUGGACGCAAUCACAAUUGCUGGCAAAACGGCUGACCUGAUUGGUGAAAAGACCAAUUAGUGGGAAAAAGAUCAGAAUUUGGCAGCUACAGACGACUGAACAUGUAUGAAAUGUAAUAUGCGUUCAUCAAUUGUCUGUUUUUUUGUAAGUUGUUGAACUGAAUUUGGUCUCUUUCUUUUGUCGUCCAAUUCUCCCUCUGUUGUUCACCAUACGGCAACGGAUGACUGCACCUAAUCACAUUUGGGAAAUUGAACCAAUGGAAAUGAAGUUCAUUGGCUGACAGCUGUACAUAAUUAGCCAGCCAGGGUAGAAGGGUCUGGGAUUCCUUUAUGAGGUGCAACCAAAACAGCUGUUAGAAAUAGCAACCGGGAUAUUCUGGCAGGCUGUCGAGAAUUAGUUCUUGAAUACUGUUGUGGUUUUGAUCACUAAAAUGGCUGUGACUUUUGGACUCUCUUUGAGUGUUUCUUGGAUUUGUUGCCUGCUAAUUGGAGGGAUAACUUGUUUUACACUUAAAGGUAACGCUCAUGGGCAUCCUGCCUACACUGGACCUGAACCAACUGGAUCCUAUGCCCAAGCAAGUGUGGUGUCUGGUCCAAAUGCUAAAGCUACUGGCCACAAUGCCACGUCAGCAGAAGCUACUGGCCACAAUGCCACGUCAGCAGAAGCUACUGGCCACAAUGCCACGUCAGCAGAAGCUACUGGCCACAAUGCCACGUCAGCAGAAGCUACUGGCCACAAUGCCAUGUCAAGUGUAAAGUCCGGCCCCGGCGCCUCAGUAGAAGCAACAGGCCCCGGCGCCUCAGCAGAAGCAACAGGCCCCGGCGCCUCAGCGGUAGCGUCCGGCCCCGGCGCCUCAGCAGAAGCAACAGGCCCCGGCGCCUCAGCAGAAGCAACAGGCCCCGGCGCCUCAGCAGAAGCAACAGGCCCCGGCGCCUCAGCAGAAGCAACAGGCCCCGGCGCCUCAGCAGUAGCGUCCGGCCCCGGCGCCUCAGCAGUAGCGACAGGCCCCGGCGCCUCAGCAGAAGCGACAGGCCCCCGCGCCUCGUCAGCAGAAGCUACUGGCCACAAUGUCACGUCAGCAGAAGCUACUGGCCACAAUGCCACGUCAGCAGAAGCUACUGGCCACAAUGCCAUGUCAAGUGUAAAGUCCGGCCCCGGCGCCUCAGUGGUAGCGUCCGGCCCCGGCGCCUCAGUGGUAGCGUCCGGCCCCGGCGCCUCAGCGGAAGCAACAGGCCCCGGCGCCUCAGCAGAAGCGGCAGGCCCCGGCGCCUCAGCAGAAGCGACAAGCCUUGAACAGACGGCCCGACCACUCAACUAGGGAGAUCAUAAUUUGGUUUGGCCAACUCUUUAAUCGUCUUAUCCCUGUUACCUUUACCCUUUUCUGCAAGAGGCACAGUAACUGAGGUGGGGAAAUGUGUGAACUAAUGCACUUGUUUGAAAUGAGGAUCUCCUUCACUUGUACAUCGUCAUGCAAAUUGUAUACAGAGGUGGAUGAUACAAUGUUAUGAAUCGUUUUUAUAAACAUACGACUAAAUUGACUUCUGUAUGUAGCGAUAUUGCUGACACACUUUUAGGUUCUACGGUUAUGCUUUUGAUUUAGCCUGGUGUUCCUGCUACUCUUGCAUGAUUUGCUCAAUAAACCAUUUGACUUUCAAAAAAC